GAACCGCCCACCGCUUGCAGCUCUUGCUACUCAUCCUUGCGAAGUUUUCAGUGAAGUCGACUAGACAAGGUGGUAUGGCGGUCCUCGGAGUCCUGCUGACUGUCGCGCUUCCACUCGGGCUGCAUGCCAUCUUCCCCCAAGUCUUUGAGUGUAAUUAUAAAGAAGAGCACAAUAGCAAAGUAAAAGUGUGGUGCAAGCAGAAUGCUAACGACAAUGACUGCUGUGAUGGCUAUGCUGUUGAAAACAUAAGUGUAGCUGAGCUGAAUAGGGGCCAGUGGAUCCUGCACGAUCAGAAAGACUUGAAAAAGUUCAGCGUGACAGUGAAAACGAUGGCCACGGAGGAUGAAGGCAUCUACUGGUGUGGAGUACUAGAAAACGACCAAGUCAUAGAGAAGUUGUCUGAAUUUACAAUCAGCACAAAACCACCAAGAAACAUCUGGGAUAUUCUGCGCUGGAUCCUCAUGUCUAUUAUGCUGGUUGUCACAUUCACUGUCACAAUCUGGACAAGCAGAAAAAACAGAGUAGAGGAGAAGACAGCAGAUUUGUAUGAAGAAUUUCCUCUCCAUGCACCAAAAGGAGGAGCAGCAUCUAACGUGAGUCAAGAGUAACCGGAAGCUAGGUGGAUGUCUAGUGCCGGUGACGGCGUCCUCAGAAGUCCGAGUGAGACAGCAAGAUGAAGCCAGCUCAUGUACCGUUUGGUGGCCAGAUCUUCUGUGCAAUUGUGGCUUUGCUUCCACCUAAUGUUCAUUUCAGUGGCUUGUGCACAGGAUCAAAGACUUGUUUUGCUGUUUUAUGUGCUUUACUCUACAUGGCCCUCUUAAAUUCUGCUCUUUAAUUACAAUUUCUUCACAUUUAUUUAUUUUGCUGACACUUUAGUGUGGAGUGACUUCCAGAUUAUAGUGCUACUGUUGUCCCAAUAUUUCUGCAAUUGACGCACCAGCAAAUUUUAUCUGGACACACAACGAGUCACUGGUGGGGCUGAACUGGCAAACCUUGUUACUUCCACCUUCACGUGGAAUGCGAAUUAUCUGUCAGUUAUAACUGUGUGAAGCACCAAUAUGCUCUUUUAUAUCUUUGUUUUAUUCCUUUUGGCUUUCUUGAAGGCAACGCAUGGUUACACAGUGAACAGCACUGGUGUAUUAGGGUCCUGGCUUUAAAUCCAGCACCUAUGUGGAGUUUAUUUGUUUUCUCUGUAUGUAUGUUUCCUCUCAAAUUUCAGUUACAUCCCUGUUAGCCCCAUGUUUGUGAGUGUGAGUUCCCUACAAAGGUCAACUGCAUUGUGCCCAUUGCUGCAAUGAUUGUAACCCCUGUGAGUAAGUGGGAUGGAGUGACUGGUCAUGUGCCAAUUCUGUCCAGAAAGCAGAAAAAUUUAAACGCAAAAGAAGACCAAGUGCAUCAAGCGGUUAGGGCAGUAGAUGAGUAGAAAACUUUGAACCUCUGCUCAUGUGGCUAACACACUCCAUAGGUCAAAGCAUUGACACUUUCCUCAAGUGACCUCCUGCUAACUCUUUAGUCAGCAUUUAGAGGCCAUUCUGUGAGUAAUGGACUGCACUUCAUAAGGUGGUCUUACUGGUAUCAGCAGCUAGGGAUGAUUGUCUCAAAUCUUGAGAGGACAUUCUGUGUGACAACAUUGGAGAGAUACAGGUGGCUUGCCAUAAUACUGUGACGCCUAUACCCCAGACAUUCAUUUCAAUGCAUUGGUUAACUUUUGUCCAGGUUUCUGCAGAACAGCCAAGCCCCUUAUGGCAGGCUGUCCCUCUGUAGCAUAUCUCCACAGAACAUUUUAGCCAUUACUGUGUAUAACAGGCAGCAGAAGGCUGCCAGUUUCGUACACUGCUGAUCCUUACAAUUUUAGCUAAUGCUGCACCCUAGUGGCCAGAGUUAUUAUCACACAACAUAGAGCAGUUAGUGUAAAGCAAGGGUGUCUCCCUCCAGUCCUGGUGGGCCACAGUGGCUGCAGGUUUUCAUUCUGACCCUUUUAAUAAUCAGCAAGCAGUUUUCAUUGUUAAUUAAUUCCCUUUCCCUUCAUUGUAAUAGCCCUGUUUUAAGGAUUCAAUCCUCUGAAUUGAUAAUGUUUCAGAAAUGAGUUGUGAAACGAGCCAACAGCGGAAUUGGAAUGUCAAACUCCAGCCAAUUUCAUUCCAACCGGAUUCUUAAUGAGCAGCCAUUAUUGAAUAGCAGGACAUGUUGCUUCUCUCAUUCUGUCACAGCAGACUGUUGAUUUUCUGUUUUUUCUAAGACCACCGCCAAGAUGUUUU